UUGUUCGAAAAGCGUCGUCGUCGCGGUCCUGAAAAGUUGGUUGGUUUGGCGUCGUCGUAAUAUCAAAAAUGAGUAAGAGAAAGAAUGCAACAAGUGAUAAUCCCAACAAGGAUUUUUGUGACUUUUUAAUGGAAUUGGCAAAUUAUGAGAAAAAUGUCAACAGACAAAUGCACAAAUAUAAUGCCUAUAGAAAGGCAGUGGGCGUACUGGCUAAACAUCCAACACGAAUUCAAAGUGGAGCAGAGGCCAAAAAGCUGGAUGGAAUUGGUGAAAAGAUUGCAAAGAAGAUAGAAGAGUUUAUAGAUACUGGUUCAUUAGUAAAAUUAGAAAAAAUUAGGGCAGAUGAUACAAAUGUAGCCAUAAAUGAACUUACCAAAGUGACAGGAAUAGGACCUGCAGCUGCUCAGAAAUUGGUCCAUGAUGGAAUUACAUCGAUAGAAGAGUUGAGAAAGCAUACAGAUAAAUUGAAUCAUCACCAGCAAAUUGGAUUGAAACAUUUUGAAGACUUUGAGAAGAGAAUUCCCCGAACUGAGGUGGAGCAGAUUCAGGACACUGCCUUUAAUGAGAUAAGAAAGUUAGAUGAUAAGUUUGAAGCCAGGGUUUGUGGCAGCUUCAGAAGAGGUGCUGAGUCCAGUGGUGACAUAGAUAUUCUACUUACUCACCCAGAUUACACAUCUAAAACCAAAGGAAAGCCAGAUUUGCUCCAUCAGGUUGUAAAGAGACUGGAAAAAAUAGGACUAAUCACUGACACAUUGUCACAUGGUGACUUCAAGUACAUGGGAGUUUGUCGAGUGUUAGAUUCUGGUUCCAGCCCUAGUUCUUCCAAACAGAAGCCAUUCAGGAGAAUUGAUAUCAGGUUGAUUCCCCAUGACCAGUACUACUGUGCAUUGCUAUACUUCACUGGAAGUGACAUUUUUAAUAAGAAUAUGAGGGCCCAUGCCCUGGAAGUGGGGUUCACAUUAAACGAGUAUACUCUGAGACCUCUGGGUAGCACAGGAACACCUGGGGAACCCUUGCCAGUAACAUCAGAGGAAGACAUUUUUGACUACCUAGGGAUGGAAUACAAGAAUCCAUCACAGAGGAUCUCCUAGUCUAUUUAGCCCAAUCAUCAACUCAAACAAUGCAUCAAUGAGGCCAAUUAUCCAAUUCAAUCACUGCCUUAUAAAACAGUUAUAACCUUGGUUGAUGAAUUUUCUUCUCAUGUUUUAAAAUGUUUUGUGUUGUAGAAGAGUUAUGAAUGUCUUAAAUGUUCACUUGUAUUCAAUUGUGUGUUAGUUGCGAGUUCAUGUAUUGCAAGUUACUUUUAUAAUUAUAUAUUAUUCACUGCUCGUUUGAUGCCAAGAACAUUGUAUUUUUCCUGUUGAUUGUUUACAAUACAUCUACAUUGUUUGAUGUCGUGUCUGAGACAAGAAUUCCCACUGACGUCCAAUUUAUUCAUGUCCAUACUUUGAUCUGGCAGCUAUUAAAUUGUUCACUGUUUAUUUAAUUUUAUAGCAGAUUCAUCUAACUUAACAUUAUUGCAAGUACAUCAGAUGCAAUUGUCAAAAUUGACAG